AACAAACAAGAACCACCAAAAUUUCAAACUUGAAAAUUAAUUAGAAGUGUCCUCCGUCGGAAUCCGGCGCGUUCGCUUGCUCCAUGUCAGCCGCAGCCGCAAUGGCAGGGUUAUCGAAAGCGCCGGGAGCUUUCACCAUUACACCACACAAGCUCUCUAUUUGCAUUCUCAUUCAAGUCUAUGCUCCCCCUUCUCAAAGCUCAGUUCCUUUCCCUUUCUCUUCCGUCGCUCAACACAAUCUUCUGGGCUCCUUCUUGUUAUCUCUCACUAAGUCGUCUGAGGAUAUUUUUGAGCCAAAGCUGGAUGAACUUGUCGCACAGCUUAGGGAAAUUGGAGGUGUGUUGAAUCAUUGGUUGAGUGACCAUUUAGCUCGCAAAUUAUCAUCUUUAGCCUCACCAGAUGAUUUGUUCAACUUUUUUAAUGACUUGCGAGGCAUACUUGGGGGUUCUGAUUCAAAUGUCAUGGAUGACGAUCAAAUCAUUUUGGAUCCUAGCAGCAAUCUUGGAGUCUUUGUUCGUCGUUGCUUACUUGCGUUUAAUCUAUUGUCAUUUGAGGCUGUCUGUCAUCUUUUGACAAAUGUGGCAACAUAUUGCAAAGAUUCUCUGUCAACUUAUGAGUUAUCACAUUUCAAAGAUUCUGAUAGUGAUACUGAAGCAACAAUGCACUAUGAGAACAUGGAUUUGGAGAAUCUUGCUGUCCAGAAUGUCAACAAAGAAAUUGAAUCAAGAAAUGUGGUUGAUGAAAGACUUUCUUUCCACAAUCAUGCACCUAAAGCUCUAGUUAGAGCAAUUGAAGAUCAUGAUUUUUCUCCUGGGCCACAAGUUAGAAAAAUCAAUAAGCAUAGAGAAGUUAGUGCAUGUGCAUCUUCUUCUUGUGAUGUAUUGGAUCCUGUUGAUUCUCCGUCCGGGGCUUUCUUACGUACAAGCUGGCAAAUACAAGGUUAUCUAUUGGAGCAAGCUGAUACGAUUGAAAGGCAGGGAAGCUCCUUCCCUCUGAAUGCUUUUGAGUCUGUAUUGAAGGACCUUCUUAAAUUAGCUCCUGAACUACAUCGUGUUCACUUCUUGCGUUACUUGAAUAGCCUUUAUCAUCAGGACUAUCAUACCGCUCUAGAAAAUAUUCACCGAUAUUUUGAUUACAGUGCAGGGACUGAAGGAUGUGAUUUCGCAUCCUCUUCUUCAACAGGCUGCAAUAGCUUUGGUAGAUAUGAAAUUGCGUUAUUAUGCUUGGGGAUGAUGCAUUUUCAUUUUGGGCACCCGAAGCAAGCUUUGGGGGUGUUGACAGAAGCAGUCCGUGUGUCUCAGCAGCAAAACAAUGACAGUUGUCUUGCUUACACAUUAGCAGCAAUUUGCAAGUUGUUGUCCGAAUUUGGAGUCUCAAACAUGAGGGGACUUGUCGGUUCAUCCUAUUCACCAGUUACCAGUAUAGGAACUUCAUUAUCCACUCAUCAGCUCUUAUAUGUUCUCCUGAGAAGAUCCUUAAAGCGAGCAGAAAGUCUAAAGCUGAAACGGCUGGUUGCAUCUAAUCAUCUUGCUAUGGCUAAAUUUGACCUGACUCAAGUGCAACGACCUUUGCUUUCAUUUGGCCCAAAGGCUUCCAUGAAACUUGCAACAUGCCCAAGCAAUGUCUGCAAGGAACUGAGGUUGAGUUCUCAUCUGAUUAAUGAAUAUGGUGAUGAGACUUCACUAAUGAUUUCAGAUGGGGCUUUUUGUACUCAAUGGAUUAAGAAUUUGAAGAAACCAAAAGGUUCUGUUAUCUUUUCCCAGGAUAAUGAAUGUAGGAGUAAUACUGACGUGUUCCAGUUCUGUGGGCAACCAUGUUCCAUCCCUGGAUCUGUGCUGCAACUUUUAGGCUCUUCAUAUUUGUUCCGUGCUACUGCCUGGGAGGUAUAUGGCAGUGCACCUCUCGCUCGAAUGAAUGCAUUGCUUUAUGCAACAUGCUUUGCUGACUCAUCGAGUUUGGAUGAUAUGGCGUUAGCAUAUGGCAAACUUAUCCAGCAUCUAGCAGUAUUUAAGGGAUACAAAGAAGCUUUUGCUGCUCUGAAACUCGCAGAGGAGAAGUUUUUAUCUCUUUCAAAGUCACAAAUUCAGCUUGUAAAACUACAAUUGCUCCAUGAUCAUGCUUUACAUACGGGAAAUUUAAAAUUAGCACAACAAUUGUGUGAUGAGCUUGGUGUUUUAGCCUCUUCAGUAACUGGUGUAGACAUAGAGAUAAAGGUUGAAGCUAGCCUCCGCCAUGCUCGAAUACUGAUUGCAGCAAACCAAUUUAGCCAGGCAGCAGCUGUUGCACACUCUCUCUUCUGUAUGUGCUACAAAUUCAGUUUACAAGUCGAGAAUGCCACUGUUCUUCUUUUACUUGCAGAGAUACACAAGAGAUCAGGAAAUGCUGUUUUAGGUAUUCCGUAUGCAUUGGCAAGCCUUUCCUUUUGUAAAUCUUUCAACUUAGACCUUCUCAAAGCUUCUGCUACACUGACGCUUGCGGAGCUUUGGCUCUCACUUGGAUCAAGUCAUGCGAAAAGAGCUUUGGCUCUCAUACAUGGGGCAUUUCCUGUACUUCUUGGUCAUGGUGGUUUGGAGCUCCGAGCUCGGGCCUUUAUCACCGAAGCAAAAUGCUAUCUUGCUGACUCAAGCUUUUCAGUAUGCGAAGAACCAGAGAUGGUACUUGAACCAUUAAGGCAGGCUUCUGAAGACCUGGAACUUCUAGAGUAUCAUAAAUUGGCUGCCGAAGCUUUUUACUUGAUGGCUAUUGUAUAUGAUAAGCUGGGGCAGCUGGACCACAGAGAAGCAGCAGCUAAGUCAUUUAGGAAACACAUCACCACUCUUGAAAGCUCUGAUAUUUGAAGAUCCUCUUCAAUAUUGUUGCUAAGGAACCAGUAUUUUACAUAAAUAUGCCUUUGGCUUCUAUCGUUGCAGCUCGUUGUUCAUGCACCAUUAGAAGCAUUGGGAAGUGAAGAUACAAUAGAUGUAGCUUCCCGAUUGCAUGAAAUUUUAGAAACUCCUUUAAUUUCUUGGCAAGUGUACCGUCCAGAUAUCAGGUUGGGCCACAUUUUUGUUGAUGUUGGUUGAGUAACAUUAGUGCUAGAUGACUGGUAUGCUAUGAGAGUACCAACAUUUUCGAGCAUGAUUGUUGGAAGAUUGCCGUGAUUUUCUUGCCCCUCUUGUAAGGCCUAAGCGGCUAAGGCUAAAUGGUUGACCGAGGGAUGCACAUUACAUGUCCACAAUCUGUAAUCGGGUGAUAGAGGUCUAAGAAGCCCCUGAAGAGAUUGGCUGUAGUAAGAACCAUUUCCAACUUUUCUGAUGAUGUGUAUGUAUCUUUCUAUAGUUUAUAUCCAAGUUUAGAGAGAAAGCACUAUACAAUCUUCGCUCUUUGUACAGAUUAUUCUAUAGUAUUAGUAGUA